GCGCACAGUAGGUGGGGCACCAUGAGCGGCCUGGGCGACAGCUCCACGGAUCCCGCCAAUCCCGACUCCCGCAAGAGGAAGGGAUCCCCCUGCGACACGGCCCAGAGCGCGGAGAAGCGGCGCCGGGAGCAGGAGCACAAGUACCUGGAGGAGCUGGCGGAGCUGCUGUCGGCCAACAUCGGGGACAUCGACACCCUCAGCGUCAAACCCGACAAAUGCAAGAUCCUCCGGAAAACCGUCGACCAGAUCCAGCAGAUGAAGAGGUUGGAGCAAG